AAUAUCGUUGCCUUCUAUGGAAUCGUCGAUGACAGCAGUAUUGACGUAUUGAUUGUUACGGAGCUGGUCCAUGGAGAAAGACUUUCAUCUUACAUAAGAAGACAUCCAGAACUGUCCACUGGAAUACUGUUUCUUUACGCCAGUGAUGUCGCCUACGCACUACUAUAUCUACAUAACAAGAAAGCCUUACACAGAGAUGUUGCAUGCCACAGUUGUAUGCUAGAUAAGGACCAUAAUCGAGUAAAGCUUUCGAAUCUUGGAUUAUCAGCGAGAGGAGAAUGUUACAAAAUCAGCAAAGAAGAGAAAGUGCAUUUAAGGAUACGUUGGCACGCACCUGAAGUGAUAAAAACUGGAUUCUACACUACACCAUCCGAUGUCUUCUCCUAUGGCAUCCUCGUUUGGGAAAUAUUCCAUUACGUUCAAAGGCCAUAUGGUAAAAUUGAAAACCAUGUCAUACGAGAAAAGAUCUCUAAACCAGAUUUUCGACCUGGAGUGGAUAAAUCACUUCCCGAAGAAAUCAAACACAUUAUGGAAUUCUGUUGGAAAGCAGAUCCAUCUAAACGACCUGUGAUGGCUACUGUGGUCGGAUACAUCCGAAAUAACGCAGGGAAAAUGUGA